CAAGCAGACAAGCACACAGCAAUUGACAGAAACCCACGUAUUAGCUUUACAAGGCCGUUGUCAUGCGUUGAAAGCCUGCUUCUUCCAUUCCUUCAAAAUAUUGUUAAUCUUCUCUAUCACUCGAUAAUCCCACAAAUUCCUAAUCCAAAAAUUUAACCUUCGCCAUUUCCAUUAUCUAAUAUGGCACCAUCUACACUUAUAUGUGACACAGAUUCUUGGCAAAAUUUGAAGACCCAUGUUGCUGAAAUUAAGAAGACCCAUCUUCGUGAUUUGAUGAAUGAUGCUGACAGAUGCAAGUCCAUGAUGGUUGAAUUUGAUGGGUUGCUGUUAGAUUACUCUCGGCAAAAUGCUACACUUGACACCACAAAUAAGUUGUUUCAGCUGGCAGAGGCUGCCCAUCUCAAAGAUAAGAUUAACCGAAUGUUUAAUGGAGAGCAUAUUAAUAGCACCGAGAAUAGGUCUGUUCUCCAUGUUGCUCUUCGGGCACCAAGAGAUGCAGUGAUAAACAGUGAUGGGAAGAACGUGGUCCCUGAUGUGUGGCAAGUUUUGGAUAAAAUUCGGGAUUUUUCUGAGAAAGUCCGAAGUGGUUCAUGGGUUGGAGUCACAGGGAAACCCCUGACAAAUGUAGUUGCGGUUGGUAUUGGAGGGAGCUUCUUAGGACCACUCUUUGUUCACACAGCUCUCCAAACAGAACCUGAGGCUGCUGAAUGUGCAAAAGGGCGUCAGCUACGCUUUCUGGCAAAUGUUGAUCCAAUUGACGUUGCAAGAAAUAUUACUGGAUUGGAUCCUGAGACUACUCUAGUUGUUGUUGUAUCGAAGACUUUCACGACUGCUGAAACCAUGUUGAAUGCUCGAACACUAAGAGAAUGGAUUUCCUCUGCACUUGGGCCUGCAGCUGUUGCAAAACAUAUGGUUGCUGUUAGCACUAAUCUAACGCUUGUCGAAAAAUUUGGCAUUGAUCCUAAAAAUGCUUUUGCAUUCUGGGACUGGGUUGGAGGCAGAUAUAGUGUAUGUAGUGCAGUUGGAGUUUUGCCUUUGUCUCUUCAGUACGGGUUUUCUAUUGUAGAGAAGUUUCUGAAGGGAGCUUCAAGCAUUGAUCAACAUUUCUAUUCUGCACCCUUUGAGAAAAACUUACCGGUUCUUUUAGGUUUGUUGAGCGUUUGGAAUGUUUCAUUUCUUGGACAUCCAGCAAGAGCUAUAUUACCAUAUUGUCAAGCAUUGGAAAAAUUUGCUCCUCAUAUUCAACAGGUUAGCAUGGAAAGUAAUGGAAAAGGUGUUUCAAUAGAUGGUGUAGUGCUGCCUUUUGAGGCUGGUGAAAUUGACUUUGGUGAGCCUGGAACAAAUGGACAACACAGCUUUUAUCAGCUAAUUCAUCAGGGACGUAUUAUCCCCUGUGAUUUUAUAGGAGUUGCAAAAAGUCAGCAACCUGUAUAUCUCAAAGGUGAAGUAGUGAGUAAUCAUGAUGAGCUCAUGUCUAACUUCUUUGCACAGCCAGAUGCACUAGCUUAUGGGAAGACUCAAGAAGAGUUGCAGAAGGAAAAUGUAUCUCCACAUCUUGUCCCGCACAAGACCUUCACUGGAAACCGUCCUUCUCUGAGCCUUUUACUUCCAUCUCUGACUGCAUAUAAUGUUGGACAGUUGCUGGCCAUCUAUGAACACAGAAUUGCAGUUGAAGGUUUCGUAUGGGGUAUUAAUUCUUUUGACCAAUGGGGAGUUGAGCUAGGAAAGUCACUGGCAACUCAGGUUAGGAAACAGCUUCAUGCAUCUCGCACUAAUGGAGAAGCUAUCAAAGGCUUUAAUUUCAGUACUACAACAGUGUUGGCCAAGUAUCUACAGGAGAGUUCUGAAGUCCCUGCUGAGCUUCCGACCAAGCUACCACAGGUGUAGGCUUGCAGCUCACUUGCUUUGAACAUGCAUGUCCCCAUUUUGUUUGCCAACGACCUCUAUUUUGAAGCUCAGAAAUAAAGUCUCCUAUGAAUCCUUAAUAAUCAGAUUUCGAGCUGGCAUCCAACACCUAUGAGUUACUGUGAGACUACUGUGACAGUUUAUUGAAGGAAUGGAUUGCCAGAAAUGGUUGUAUUUAACUCUUAAGCAACACGGAAUAAAUAAUGAGUUACAAGUCCAGCUGCUUUGGCAUAAAAUGCAAUUCAGCUUAACUGAGACUUCGUCACUUUUGCCAAAUUGUUGUGUCUGAUGUUCUCCUUAAACAAGUUUUAGCUCUAUUUUCAUGACAAGUUAUAGAAGAAUGAUGUACUAGUAUUUUCAUGUAUGAGGGAAUGAAGAACAAUAAAUUUCCUUCUUUGCGUGUUCAGUGGCGAAUUUAAUGCUCAAAUUCUUGAGAUGAUUAUCUUGAAAUAAUGAAUCUAGGUCUGAUUUCUUAUUGCA